ACGCUUUGCUAUGCUAUGGCUGCUAUUUGCUCGAAACUCGAAAGUCUAUGCAUCAGAUUCAGAUGGCUGUUCGUAGAGUAGAGACACUUCUACUCCCGUCUGUUAAUUUUUGUUUUGUGUCGUUUCGUCUAUAAAAUUUUUGCAACAAGUGAGUUAUUUUUUGUUUUGUUAACGACGACGAGAACGAGCUUCAUCUCCUGUGGUUUUAAGUGAAUCCUCUGCUAAUUUCCGGCUUUAUCUUUGCGUCUAUAUCGGGAAUCUAAUUAAUGUUGGUUACACACUUUUGUGGCGUGUAUAGUGUACUCGUGUAGGGUGUAGAAUAACACAAAAACAUAAUAUUGUUGACAAUAAAAACUGUGAUACUCUGCUACAAAAAUAAAAUACAAAAAUAAAUCAUGCUCAAAAAACCAAAAUCUGUGCUUCCUCCCAUCGACUAUGAUUAUUUGAUUAAGUUCCUUGCCCUUGGAGACUCUGGAGUGGGUAAAACCAGCUUUCUCUAUCAAUACACAGAUGGAAAAUUCCAUUCACGUUUCAUUUCAACAGUUGGAAUAGACUUUCGUGAGAAACGUGUGAUGUACACGACACAAGGACGAAGUCAUCGUAUUCACUUACAACUCUGGGAUACUGCUGGUCAGGAGCGGUUUCGAAGUCUUACAACCGCCUUCUAUCGAGAUGCCAUGGGUUUUCUUUUGAUAUUCGAUUUGACAAAUGAGAAAUCUUUUUUGGAAGUCACCAAUUGGUUGGAACAACUUAAGAUGCACGCUUAUUGUGAAGAUCCUGAUGUUGUGCUGUGCGGAAAUAAAUGCGACCUGGAUAAUCAGAGAGUUGUGAGUGAGGAACAAAUCCAACAAGUAGCAAAUCGUUAUAAGCUGCCAUAUGUAGAGACAAGUGCUUGUACUGGCUUAAAUAUUCGACAUGCAGUCGACUUGCUCCUGGAGAGGGUCAUGAAUCGCAUGGAACUUCUGAUGAGUAAAACUGAUUUACCAAUCCAUCAGCGAGGUAUUGCAAACCAUUUUUAUUCGGUGGAUACAGUGAAGCUGGGGGUAAAUGAAAUCGACACUUCAGGAUUUGAUUCAGGUGGUAGAAGGAAAAGGAAGUGUUAUUGUUAAGUUUCCAUUCACAUAGCUGUAUUUAGUAUUAUUAAUAUUAUUAGUAUAAACUUUUAUUGGAAAAUAUUUUUGCCACUGUUGAACUGUCGCUGAAUUAAAUGUGUUCUUUAGAGUAUUUUAAUAUUGAU